AUGCUGAAAGGGUUGAAGGAAGGUUUGCGCUUUGUGUUCCGAACUCAGCUUAUCCUGGCAGCCCUGUCGCUGGAUAUGUUUGCGGUAUUAUUCGGCGGAGCCGUUGCCUUACUGCCUGUUUAUGCGAGAGACAUCCUGAAAGUGGGUGAAGUUGGUUUUGGCUGGCUGCGUGCUGCUCCCGGCAUGGGUGCCCUGGUGAUGUUCUUUAUAUUGUCCUGGCGUCCUUUAAAAAACAAACCGGGUAUCAAGCUGCUUUUUUCCAUUGCCGGUUUUGGCAUCUGCACCAUCGUCUUUGGGCUCUCCCGGGUAUUUGCCCUGUCCUUUGCUGCCCUGAUGGUUGGCGGUAUGUUUGAUGCCGUCAGUGUGGUGAUCCGCGGCACCAUCCUGCAACUCUACACACCCGAUGAUAUGCGGGGCCGGGUUGCGGCGGUCAAUACCAUGUUUAUCAGCUCAUCUAAUGAGCUGGGAGAGGUGGAAAGCGGGUUUACCGCCAAAUGGAUGGGGCCGGUGCCAGCCGUUAUCUUCGGUGGCUGUAUGACACUGGCGGUGGUAGGUGUUACCUUUUUUGCCGCCCCAUUAUUGCGUGUGCUCAAGCUGGAUGCACCGGAAGAAAAACCGGGAAAAGAUUAG